AUGUCGACGUCAGCCGAAUCUGAUAAAACACUCGACAUAAGCAUAAAAACAACCGAAAGCAAUACUGAUGCUCAUACCGCCGAAUCCGACAAAACACUCGAUAUAAGCAUAAACAAUCCAAGCAACACAGUUGAGAAGAAUAGCAACAACGAUACAAGCACUGAGACCGAUAAUAGUGACAAAGACAAUCUUGAUCGUAUUAUUUCAGAAAGAAAUUCAAAACUGACUACACGGAAUCACGGCGAAUUAGAACACUAUGACGCGGAACAUCAGCAGAGUAAAUUCAGGAUUUUGUUCAGUCUGUUGAAGAAGUUUAUUGGAGUCAAAGAUAUAGUAUCAUUGCGCAUUUCACUUCCCGCACAACUUAUUGAACCUAUUGGUAAUUUGGAGUACUGGAAUUAUAAUGAUCGACCGGAUUAUUUUUUAUGUAUUGGCGAUUCUGAUGAUCCUUUGGAAAGAAUGCUUGCCGCCAUACGUUGGUGGUAUUCAAAAGAUUUAAAAUUUGUGAAAGGAAAACUAAUAAAACCAUAUAAUUCCAUUCUUGGAGAACAAUUCUUGUGUCAUUGGGAGAUCUCCCCACCAAAAUUCAAUAAGAAUGGAGAGAUCGAUCCAAACGCGCAAGCGACCGGCUCAAGUCACGAGAAAAAAUAUCGCGUAACAUGUUUGAAUGAGCAAAUUUCGCACCAUCCACCAGUAUCCGCGUUUCAUUAUCAUUGCCCUGAAAAGGCCGUUAAAUUUUCUCCUGGUGAUCAAAAUAAGGGAAUCUACCUCACGUUGGAGAAGCGCGAUAACGAAGAAUAUUUAAUGACACAUCCAAACGCUUUGAUACAAGGAUGGUUAAAAGGUUCUUUGUACGUUGUUGUGUGUGAAGCUUCCAUUAUUACGUGUCCGAAAACUAAAUUGAAAGCCAUAUUAGAGUAUAAAGAGGAGCGAUGGUUAGGAAAGGCAAGAUUUCUUAUCGAAGGUAAAAUAUUUAGAUACGAUCCAGAGAAUGAUGAUAUAAUAAAAUUAAAAAAUGUCGAUGAGGAAGAUGUGGUUGCCGAAUUGACUGGUAGCUGGCGUGGACAAAUAUAUGCCACCCGUUUUGAUACAAACGAGCAAAGGUUACUAUUAGACAUGGACCCAAUAGAUCCAAUUCCAAAAAAAGUGAAACCAUUAUCAAAACAAGGAACACUAGAAUCACGUAAGGUAUGGCAACCAGUCACCACCGCCCUCCUCAAAAAAGAUUACUCGCUUGCCACCAAGGAAAAACAGAAUAUCGAAGAACGACAACGGCAAAUUGCUGCCGAAUUGAAAGCGAAAAAUGAAGAACAUGUGCCCGUGUAUUUCCAUGUACCGGUUGUUGAAGGAAAACCCGAAUUGAAAGAGGCUGCGUUGGAACUUUUGAAGUCAGAGCUUACUAGAAAUUCUUGA